AUGAUGUUCGAGUGCGAAGAAGAGCCGGUGGAUCCUUUGGACGCACCAAAAGCGACGGCGACGUCGACCGUGAGAUCUUCGGGCAGCGGCGGAAGCAGCGCCUGGAGCAGCAUGUCGGAGAAUCCGUUCCGGUUCUCUCCAGACCACGUCCGUCGGUCGACGUCCCUGUUGACGACGCCGUCUUCCGAAGACCUUCAGAAGUACGCCACGCGUCAUCUCGACUCCCCGACGGCGGUUCAGGUGAAUAAAUUGAUCAGACUGGCUCCGAACUUUUUGAAUCAUUUUCCUCGAGAUCAGAAUUUUGAAAUUUCAGGCGAAUUUCCGUGAAAAUUCUUACAUUGGAGAAUGACAAUUUCAAAAAUAAAAUUUUGUGCAAGUAGCAAGUAGCCAUAGAUUUCCAGCCCAUCGAAAGGGGUUUCAACGAAUUUAUCAGUAAAUCCCAGGGUUAAUUUCUUGCCAUGUUAACUCGGAUGUUACUUCUUCUUUCUCUUUUUUUCCGUUAGUUCCCAAUUACAAAGAAAAAGUAAUGAGCAGUUGGUGCUGAUGUAAUCUUACAACAUCACGUGAUCGGACACAGCUGCUCGGAUUAGAGAUCGAAUUUUGAAAAAAAUAUUGAUUUAUCUGGUGAUAAGGAGUAGUUUCAUCUUUGGGUAGGGGACCCCUACUAGGGGUGUUUUAAAAAUUGAGAGGAAAGGAGGAGAAAUUGUUUUUGAUUUUUAUUGAUCGAUUAGUUGAGAGUACAAAAGUGUUACCGGAACGUGGAUAUUAGGAAAUCUCUGGGCGAAUAGUAUAGUCAUAAAGGAACUCGGAAGGGAUUCUGACUAUUUUAACGUUAGAUUACAUUUUUGUACCAUCAAAAGUAGUUUUUAUCCGGGAUUUAUUGCUUUUUUUCUUGAAUUAAAAAAGUUCAAAAGUCUGUCGUCGUUUAACUUCUCUUCCAAGUACUUCGGACUAGCUUAGAUUCUCUAGAACAUCAGAAAGCGUCAAGUUUCUCCAAACGCCUGAGCAGUUGAUUAAUGAGCCGACAAUCAAGGUCGAUCCUUCGCACUUUGUACCCACAGCCGUUGUUGUACAUAUAGUUUGUUUUCUCGACUAUUGUUGUGUUGCACUCGACUGCCGUUGACUGAACACGCUUGUUGAUUAUUGACGCUUCGAAGCAAACGUGUUUUGUCGCCCCUUGAUGAAGAAGAGAGUCGGAGAGAGGAAGAGAGAGAGACGUUAUCAGUUGCCGCCGUCAUCGACCGUUUUUCUGAGGAGUGAUGCCGACGCAAAAGUGUUUGGGAACAGACAAUACGGCGGAAUCGACGAAAUGUCCCCACGUGGGGCCUUUUUAUCGGUUGUGGCGACUCUGGGGUAGAAAUAUACUGUAGCGGGAUAAGAUUGAUGACUCUAAUCUUUGCUCUUUUUACGAUAAGAACUGUAGCUAUGGCGUAGAGGCUUUAAAUUUGGGAUAAUUCAUAAUAAUUUUUUUUUCCUGUAGAAAGCUGUAACUUUCCCAAAAGUGAUAGAAGAUAUUUGAGCUUUCAGUUGUUUUUUUGUAGUUUGAAACACUUUGAAAAAAAUGAUAAUUUUUUUGACAAUGAGUCAGGAUGUGGUAACGUGAUAUGUUUUGAAAAGGUUCUAGUAAACAAAAAUGAAAACUUGGCGCUCAUCCUAGAAGGUUUACAAUCGUAAAUAAGUUUAGGAGCUCGAAUUUUUUCAACUUCUUUUUAACUAUACCUUGUUUUGAAACGCCUUGGGGCUUGUAAUGAGGCAAAAAUCUACUCAUGAAAAGUUAUCUGUCACAAGCCGCGUUAAAAAUGAACGAAUCUCCUUGCUUUGCCUCUCGGAAGCUUGAGAUCUUCGAUCUUCUUGAAAUUUAUCUCAAUUUGUUCAACAAGCUCCGGAAUUUCAGCGAUCUCUAUGCUUGAACGCGACGAGCGCGCUCAACAUCGAAGUCGACAAUUCGGACGACGAGGACUUGAGCCCUGGAUCUCAGCGAAUCCUGUGCCUUUGCGCCAGCCAGAACCCCAAAGAAGUAGGAAUUCAAACUCGAAAAUUGACUUUAUACUGUAUUUCCAUAUAGACUCAAGAGCAAGGACAAAGGACUCGCAGUAUCAUGUCCGUCUCUUUUCCCUACCACACCCAUCAGAUCACCGAAGACUACACCGUCUCCCAUGAGGUAAACACAAUUUUUUUGGUGCUCCGGUGUUGAUUAUAAGUUAUCAUUGAUUCAUAUCGAGGUCAAUAUUGAGAGGAGCUCAAUUUUAUAUGAAAUAAAGUUUUUAUAGAUCAUUGGAAUCGGCGAAUCGGGAAAGGUAAUGGCGUGCUACAGGAAGUCGACAGGAGAAAAGUUUGCCCUGAAAGUCCUUCGAGAUGGUCCAAAAGCACGCCGCGAAGUCGACCUUCAUUGGUUGACAAAGUAAAUUACUUUUGAUUUCUUUGAAGAAAAGACUCCACGAACAUUCAAAGAAAUCUUUCCUUGAAUUUCAAGUUUUUUUUUUAUUACACUGUCAUUAAUCAGCUUCAAAAGCUUCAAAUUCUCCACUUGCAGCGGCCACGAACACGUGGUGACGAUCCACGACAUUUACGAGAACACGUUCGAUAAUGUAAAAUGUCUUCUAAUGGUGGUCGAGUUCCUCGAAGGCGGCGACCUUCUCAGCCAGUUCGAAAACCAGGGCAGCCGGCCUUAUACGGAAGAAAGUUAGUCAGAAAAUCUGAAAAGCCAGGAAGUAGAGUUUCUCGAAAGAGGGAACGAUAAGUUUCCCGAGAUAAAAUAUAAUCUUCAGUCUUUGAAUAAAAAAAUUUGAAUAGGAUACUACUUUCUUUCUCGUCUUUCUUACACAAAUUACCUACUUCAACCGGUUUUCUUUAAUGACGACUUUUGUUCGCAUUGUUCAGACGGAGAAAAAACAAUGAGCUGUGUUUGAUGGAUUGAAGUAGGAAGUUGGAAAGAACAGCGUCUCUUGCGUUUGGCCAAUGUGGUGUGACCUUUUAUGGGUGUUUUUAUAGCGCUGAGGGAAUUUUUCGGCACAAAAAUGGGUUUUUGGACGCAAAAAUCGGAGAAAAAUGGUUUGAGAAACCAGCGACGAAUCAACUAAACCUUGAUUUUUGAGCCUAUUAAAAAAACGUAUAAGCUCUGGCAUAUAUUUUUUUUUUUCAAUUCAACCUUUUUUUUUGCAGCCGUCGGCAAAAUAAUUCGACAAAUCGGGUCCGCCGUGCAAUACCUUCACGACAUGAAUAUUGCACAUCGCGAUAUUAAAUUAGAAAAUAUUCUUUGCAGGUCUUGAAACGAAUUUAAAUGAGAUUCGAACUUUUGCCUCUUUGCAGUUCUACGGGUGAUGACUGCGUGUACAAAUUGGGUGACUACGGGUUCGCCAAACGUCCGGAGCGCAACGUUCUUAUGGAGUCGCCGUGUUGCACGCCUUUCUAUGCGUCAGUUCAAGAUUUGAAAUUGAUAAUAGGGGCAAACGUGAGCUGUACAAAACUUAAAUAGUCCAGGAAUAGGAGGUGAAAUAGGAAAAAUUUUGAGAAAAACUGGGAAAUCCUGAAUGGGCGCUCAAGAGGUUCCUUUAGGACUACUUUGAGAGGACACUUAAGUGGUCACUGAAACCACCUUACAAUAAUGUCAAAAAAAGUUAGCGGCAAAAGGAUUCGAACCUUCAUAAUAGGCUCCGCAGGCUAACACGCUAGCCACUGCACCACGCUCCUAGCUGCUAUGCAGUGGUUGGUGGCGCGGCCACAUUCCUUCCAAACGGCGUCACAUGAUUAAGGAUAAAAACUUUGAAAAAUCAUAUCUCCAAAACAAAAAGUUUGUGCAGGUAGCGACUAUGGGGGAUCGACUCCCAGUCCAUCAAAGAUUGUUUGAGCAAAUUUAUAAAAAAUUCUGAACCCUACGCUAAAAUGACCUCCCAUGUUAGCUACUAUUUUCCUCUUGGUGGCCACUAUAGUCGUUUUUUUUUGUUCCAGUAGUACAGCUUAAACUUCUAAAAGGCCACUAAAUUUUAGGAACUUACAUGACCUCGAAUUCGGUUACUGUAGUGUCCCGGUUUUAUGAGUAUUUUUAAACAAGCUCAGAAAAAAAGUAUCCAACAAACAAGCAUUUUUUUUAAUUGUCUUUUUUCAGGCCUCCGGAGGUUUUGGGACGUGAAAGAUAUGACAAAUCGUGUGACAUGUGGUCACUUGGUGUCGCUAUGUAUAUAUUGUAAGUUUUUAUCGAUUAUAAACGAAAAUUUUAUAAAAAAAACGGUGAUUGUUGAAGAAAAAAAAAGUUAAAGAAACGAAAAAUCGAAAAUUUGAGUUUUGAUUUUCUCACGUGAGUCGAAUCUUUCUGCCAAAUGAAAUAAUGUGUCUUGCUCUUUCAAAAAUCUCAGUUAACAAAACUGGCUCAGGUUACCUAAUUUUACCUGUUCUUAACUAUUCAUUCCCAAAAGAUUUGACCGUUCAUCGUUUUCGUGCUUUUAAUUUUUCUCGUCAAGUUUUCUCUACCGAAAAGACCUCUGAUCGGCUCGAAAAUACAGAAAAAAAGCAUUCACAAUGAAUCAGAGACUUUGUUCACUUGGACGAAAAUUUGACAAGCAAAAUGAAGUGCUCAAUAUCUCGAUUGUCACUUACUCCACCCAAAUUUCGAGUCUUGAGCUUGGCCAAAACAUUCAAAAAUAAAUAGAAAGGAAUUUCCUUGAUUUUUUGGCACUCGAGGUGUGGAUUACAGGCUUUGCGGCUAUCCGCCGUUCUACUCAAUGAAAGGCCUCGCCCUAUCACCGGGCAUGCGGUCUCGCAUUGCCAAAGGCUACUACGCGUUCCCACAUGAGGAAUGGGAUCCAGUGUCGCACGAUAGUAAGCGCCUAAGGCUCUCAAUGUAGUCCAUUCACCGCCGGCUUGUCAACUCCGACAUGUACGCUCUAGCGAACUGCUUCGCUGAUUGGCUCUUUGCCUUCAUAGAAGGCGUGGCUAGCCAGUUAUAUCAGUAGUUCGUCAGAACGCAUUUGAAGGGCUUGACCAACUAAUCGUGAAUGAAAGUCUUUUAGAUUUCUUACCUGGUUAGAAAAUAAUGCCGAAAAAAUUUAAGUGAAGUGCAUAAAAUUCUAUUUUUCGAUUUGAAAAAGCUUCAAAGGCUUUCUUAGAAGAAAUUUUUGCAUGUUUUGAUUUUCAAAAGCCGUUUUCAGGCCUGUCCGAAUAUUAACUUAUUGAUUGGCAUGAAAUAGAAAGAGUAGUGCAAACUUUACUGUACUUGAACUUCCAAAGGCUGUCAGGAAAAAUAAACGAACAGCAAAGACCCAAUUCCUCAUGUCGACCUCAACACCUGAUCUUCUUGUCGGCAGAACAACAGUUCUAACAUUUCAGCUAAGGAGGACAUUCGCUGCCUGUUACGUACAAAUCCCAGCGAGCGGAUGACCAUCUACGAGCUGAUGGCGACGCCCUUGGUGACCGGAAGACCGGCGGCUCCGACCAGCGCCGUUAUCAACAUCCCCGGAGCUGAUAACGAAGACGAGGAGGAGCUGGAGAUGCUACUUGAGGAAGCUCCUGAUAAGGUCCGUUUUUGUCGCAAUAGAAAUAAGUCAAGGCUUUUUUUGAAGAUGGAAGAGUUGCCCAUACCAAGGAGUGUCCGAUUCUUGCGUGACGGCGUCAAAGCUCCACGUCUUCACAGCAUUCAGGUUAAUUUUGGGUAGUUGAACAUCGACUUAAGCUUAAAUUUUUAUAGGUGUGAACAAAAUUUUUUUUCUAUGUUUCCUUGAAAAAGGAAAAACACGCGCAUAUUUGUAAAUUAAAAUGUUUUCUUAUCUCUCGAAACCCUUCAUGAAGCUUAACUUUGUCAAAGAUCUAAAUCUUAGUAAGUUCAGAGCGAGUUUGAGAACUUUCCUUUUUCAGUUAAACAGAGGGUAAACGUAUCCCUCUUUCAUACAAAGAAGAAUGAAAUCGAAUCAAAAAUACGACGUUUCCAGGAAGAAGUCGGUCGCGCCUUGGAGAUCAUGCGUCUCGGCAACGACGCGAUCUACGUGAACAAUCCGCAGACGUCGUGCAACAACCUGAUGGCGCGACGUCGCACAGCUCACCUCAGCAUCCCCCGUGUGCAAUGCUAG